AUGUUUGCAGUUGACUUGUUGGACGCUUUGGCGGAAGCGGCGGUUAUUCUCCUAUUUGAUUGGACCCCGACCUCCGCGUGUGGCGAUGAGGACAACGACGGGGAAAUCGGCAGCGAACGCUUCACGGGAUUGAACAGCUGGAGCUCGCUGGACUCGUGCUUUCCACGAAGUCAAAUGAACACAACGUUGUCGGCAAACAACGCCAGCUUGACUGCAUCCAGGACACUGUCUCUUGAUUGCAGCAGUUUUUUGCAGGUGGCGGCUGAGGAGAUUCAGACGACACCGUCGGAGCAACUUGUCGGCAGCCAGGAUCACUACUGCUGGACUAAUGAGUAUGAGUACUUCAAUAGUUCGUCAAGCACUCCUUCGAGUUGGGCUGUGCCCGUAAGGUCGCUGGAGCAAAAGUAA